UAAAUAUUGAGAAGUGGGUAAGGUGAGCUGAAACUUGACAAGUAUGAGAUCAAUCACAGCUUCAUUCUGAAAGUACAUAUCCACUGGCAAACCAGGUGAGAGGCGACCUUCCAGAUUCCACAGCACAGCUGAAUAGCUUAUCAUUUCAAAAGUCUGCCUGCAGUUUCCAGUAAGACUUUUCUUUGCUAACGCAUUGCAGCAUAUUAGGUUUGCCUGUGAUUAAUAACGUCGGUUGAUUUAAACUGCUUUUUUUAUUUUUUAUCUAAGGUCUUAAAUGAUCAUUCAUGGCAUAAAGUGGUGCGGUAUUAAAUACAGUAGCAGCAGUGCGUUGUUCUUAUAAAUGUCCACUAAACCCGAUAGAGACUCACAGGGAGAUCUGACCCACCUAGAUCCGCUCAAUGCAGAGUGGGAUGCAGAGAUUGACGUGGAGAGCGUUGACAGAUGGGAGCCCGAGGCGCGCAGGGCAGAGCUGAUGAGGAUGGACCAUGAAGCCCCAGCGCAGCGCAAGCUGACACGCAGCCCGAAGUGCGCUCGCUGCAGGAAUCACGGCGUCGUGUCGCGCCUCAAGGGCCACAAGCGCUUGUGUCGCUGGCGGGACUGUCAGUGCGCGAACUGUCUGCUCGUUGUAGAGAGACAGAGGGUGAUGGCAGCGCAAGUCGCUCUCAGGAGACAGCAGGCCACAGAGUGUAAAAAAGGUCAAAAAAAGACCUUUCUUCUCAGGCGCAAAGCCUACCAGCGCUACACGAGGGCACCUAGUCUCCUGGCAAAGAGUAUUCUAGAGGGCUACAAGCCACCAAUGCUGGAGGAUUGGCCAAAGAAACUCCACAACCCACCAGUUAGUGUUCGGAUGAGGAAGAGGAGAGCAUUUGCUGAUAAAGAGCUGGAAAGUGUGAUGCUGGAAAGAGAGCUAAGGCAGAAAGAGAUGGAGGAGUUCCCUGCACUCCUCCUCCAGGCUGUGAUGCCCUCCACACCAUACUUUAUCCCACUUUCAGACCCAAUAAUCCCCACACACAUGCCUGUUUCCAAAACUGGCCUACCUUUGAUAGACUGUGCUCUUUCCCACUAUCCACAUGUGCUUAAAUCCAAGACUCAAGACUGCUCAGACACACCCUCUCUAAGAGUAUGUGAGAACUGGGAAGUUUUCACUGUGAGAGAGUCAGGUCUGGAAUUUCUGCCAUAUCCAUCGAUUCAACCUCCACCACAUUGCUACAGUGCUAGUCCAGGUGUGGUAAAGACCAUGCCGGAAAGCAGCUCUGCCGAUCCGUCUGCUGUCAAGCCAAAAAGUUUUACUGUUGACACUAUAUCAAAGCAGGACAUUCCAACCUCACUGACUAUGGCUGAUGUGUUGGUACAAGCUAAAUCACCACACAAACACAGGAAGUCUUUGGGACAGAGGGCUUCUGUACCUAUGGACAGUGUGGAGGGUGCAAAUCAAGACUCCAUCAAAAAAGCUGUAACACAGCCAUUACCCUUUUCUGUCGAAGCAUUGCUCAUGAGAUAGUAAUAAGAGCAACUUUCAAUUUCUAUUUCACUGGAGAGCAAAAUUAUUUUCUU